AUGUCACAGUCUGCGUCGCCGGACGCGUUCCGGCGCGGGUCAGCCGGACCCUUGAAUGGCCAGGAGGAGGACGCCCUCCGGAGCAAAAGGAUUGUGCGGAGCUACAUCGCCUGUAAGAGAUGCCAUACCCAGAAGGUGAAGUGUAGCGGCGAGACGCCGUGUAGGAAUUGCAAGGGAUCGAAGACGCCCGUGGACUGUAUCUAUCCCGUGCGCGACAGGAAGGUCGCCGUGUCGGAACGGUACCUCAAGAAGCUCGAAGGCGAGAACCAGUCGCUGAAGCGCAAGUCACCGCAUCACGAGCCGGCCCAGAAACGGUUCGCAGCCGGCCAAGCCGCGAGCACGCACGAGCCCGACACGUUCAGCCCGCCCGGGCAGAGCAUCGUGAGCGAGGAGGACCUGGACCUCGACGUGGACGAGACGCACAUCCAGCCCUACGUGGGCGAGGCGGCCUGCACGACCUUCGGCACGAAGCUGCGGCGGUUCUUGCGCGGCGACGACCAGGCCGGGCCCAGCCGGCCGCGCUACUACAAGAACCAGCGGAUGCUGCGGGCGUCGUGUACGGACUGCCAGCUGCCCAAUCGGAGCGAUGCGCAGCUGCUGGUGCGCGUGGUCCUGCGCUUCAUCGGGCCCGACUAUCAUCUGUUGCGGCGGACGUCGUUCUUGGAGCGGCUGGAGGAGACGUAUAAGCUAGAGGUGCUGAAUGAUCCCAUCUGGCUGUGCCGGUUGUUUACUGUGUUUGCGCUGGGAGAGAUCUAUACUGUCCGAUCCACAAAGCCGAGUGGGAAUGGUGUACCGGGAAUAGCGUUCUUCUUGAAGGCUCUGGACUUUUUCCAGGAUCUGUACGAGGAGCCUACGGUCGAGUACAUCGAGACUCUUCUCCUUCUUUCUUUUUAUUCCACAACUCUCAAUCGGCGGAACACCGCGUACACCUACAUUGGACUCGCUAUGCGUCUAUCAAUGAUGCUUGGUCUGCACCGAAAAAUUCCCGAAAGCUCCCCCCUCUCGGCUGCAGAGCGCCAGCAUCGCAUCCGCGUCUGGUGGACCGUCUACUGCCUGGACCGUAUGAUGUCCUCCAAACUUGGCCAUCCCGCCAUGAUGCAGGAUACCGACAUCGACGCAGAUCUGCCCUCUCUCGAUGGCCUGUCGCCCAAGGACAGCGCGGACUUCUACGACCCGGCCUAUCUUUUAGCUUCGAUAUCCCUCGCCCGAAUCGUGGAAAACGUGCUGGGGAACAUCUACCAUAUUCCCCAGCCCGGUCGCGCCAACACGUUCGUCCAGGGCGUCCAAACCAUCUUCACCAGCCUGAGGAACUUCCAGAGCGGAUUGCCCCCGAUGCUGAGGCUGGAGCCCUACAACUCUCCCAUGUAUGCCAAUCGCUCGGUGGCUUCGUUGCACCUCCAUUUCAAUCAGUGUGUCAUUCUAACGACGCGGCCCAUCCUCUUCUAUGUAUUCCGACAGCGAUUCAACCAGACCGGCGGCCCAGGCUCGGAGAAGCCGCACCCGCUGCCCCAUAUGGUAUGCGCACUGUCCGACGCGUGCAUUCAAGCCGCGAGGUCCUCGAACCAGAUCCUGUCGCAGCUCUGGGUCGACGGCUGCCUGGCCAUGUACGGCUUCUACGACGCCCUCUCCAUCUUCUCCUCGACCAUGGUUCUGAUGCUGUCGUCCGCCAUGAGCGGCAUCGAGGGCAAGACGAGCCCAGACCGCGACGGCAUCGGGCUCGCGUGGAGUCUCCUGCGGUCCAUGAAGGACGACGGGAACGUCCCCGCCGGCGACUACUACGACCAGCUCGCGCAGCUGAAGGAGGCGCUCUACGAAGCCUGCGCCAAGAAGUCAAAGCCCCUCGGGGAGCCACCUGCGCUACCGCCGCUCGAGACGAACAGUCUGCAGAUCUCGGCUGCAGCGAGUGGCAUGGACAGCUGCCCAAGGCUGCCAGAGCCCCGGCAUGAUACUACCGGACCGCUGUCGCACCUAGUGGUGGCACACAAGGAAGAUCGUAAUCAUCUUCAUGAUGCAGAUGUCUUUGUUAACAACAGUAACAAUAAUAAUAAUAACAAUAACAAUAACAACAACAUCAACCCGUUCGUGAAUGGGCUCUGGCCACAGGCAGGCGGAGGCCAGCCACAAUCAGAGGCGCAGAUGCCGGCCCAAGGGGUAUGGGCCCCUGCCGCGCUGGACGCCAUGUUCUCCACCAACGGGACGGAUCAGCUCCUCUGGGAUUUCGACUGGGACAGCGGAUCGGCAGAGAUGUCGCAUAACAAGGAGAGGAAGACUCAAAAGGACUUUGACGACGAUGACGAUGCUGGUGUGGACGAGGAUGAAGUCCUGGAUGAUUAUGAUGAGGAAAUUAUUUCAUCUGUUACAAUCGAUCGGAUUCCCUGUAACGAUGGCUUUGGAGACUUUUCUUUCUGGCAGACUUAUAGACCGAAAUGGCUUUAG